CUCGCUCAGUCUAGAGCGGAGUGUGUGAGUGUGCACACAACAGAGAGAGCAGACGAUAGAAAGAGAGAGCUGUUCUAUUCUGGUUUUUAUUCUGUCUAUCCGUUUGUCUCCUCCAGACACCCAGGACUCCUCUGGCUCUCUCUACCCCGGCAGGGUGUUUGCUGUUGGUGUAACACUCGACCAGCUCAGCCUCCCUCCUGUUGGGAACUCUGGAGCUCCCUCUCUCGCCGUCUGUGUUUGCUCUCCAUCGACUGGCUGAUUUUCUUCAUUUGGAGUGUGUGAGAGUGUGUUUUACUCGGCAGGAUUAGGCAGUCAGUAUGCACUGUGGUACAAGCUGGUGGAGGGCGUUUCACUCGUAGGUGUGUGUUGUUGCCUCUCGCUCUGUGAGCCGCACUUGAGUCUCGUACACUCGUCGGAUCUAACGGAACAAGCACCCACCAUUCCCAAGGAUUUGGGAUAUUUGAAUAAAGGUUUAGCCUUCCCUGAAUUGUGGAUACAGAGAGGGACUACACAUUACAACUUCCCUGAGGAGUAACAUCGUCUGAGCAGGUUGAGAGAGGGAGGAGUUCCCUCUUGUUUUACCAGGCUGACCAGUGAGGUCUCUUAGUAUUGAGGAGUUGCUUCUCCCAUUGAAACGGAAUUUCAGAGAGCGAACCUGAUGAGAGGAUGCAGCAGGAAGCAGAUGUGAGACUGAGCCCCACCUGAGCCCUCACCUCCCACCCCCGCCCCCACCCGGCCGUCCCAUCAUGCACAUGCCGUUUCGAGGUCGUCUGAAGCUGCUGGUGGCAUCUCUGACCGCCGUCAUCCUGCUCACCUGGCUCUACCUGCUGGCUGGGAACCUGGAGAAUGGGCGUUCUCUACUCCUGUCCCCCUGUUUGUCAGAGACCCCCGAGGCACGGGUUCUAGAGCGGGCGGUUCUAGAGUCACGGGUGCGCGAGAUGGAGGAGGAGAACCGGCAGAUCCGCCUGCAGCUCAGCCAAUUGCAGGGCACGGCCGGCCAGCCCGCCGACGGUGGUAACUACGGCAACGCGGCGUGGGGGGCGUCAGCUGACACUGGGCCCGAGGAUGUGGAGAACACGGCGGAGGAGAGAGCCAAUCACACAGAGUGUCCCCGUUCGCCCACCGUACUGAAGUGUGAGCUGAUCCAUGUAGCGUGCGUGUGCGCCGGUCACAACGCCAGCAGAGAUGUGGUCACCCUGGUCAAGUCCAUCCUGUUCCACAGGAAAAACCCUCUCCAUUUCCACUUCAUCACAGACGCAGUAGCCAAUCAGAUCCUGAGUUCUCUGUUCCAGUCCUGGAUGGUUCCGUCUGUACAAGUUAGCUUCUACGACGCAGAUGAACUCAAGUCUGAGGUGUCAUGGAUACCUAACAAGCACUACUCGGGUAUCUACGGCCUGAUGAAGCUGACCCUAACCAAAGCGUUGCCCUCUGACCUCACAAAGGUCAUCGUCCUGGAUACGGACAUCACCUUCGCCACCGACAUCGCUGAGCUCUGGGCCAUCUUCAGGAAGUUCACUGACAAGCAGGUGAUAGGUCUGGUGGAGAACCAGAGUGACUGGUACCUGGGGAACCUGUGGAAGAACCACAAACCCUGGCCCGCCCUGGGACGAGGCUUCAACACUGGGGUCAUCCUGCUCUACCUGGAGAGGCUGCGACGGAUUGGCUGGGAGCAGAUGUGAGGCUGGACCGCCGAGAAGAGAGCUAAUGGAGCAAUGCUCAGUACCUCGCUGGCUGACCAGGACAUCUUUAAUGCGUUCAUUAAGCAGAACCCAGUCCUAGUGCAUCAGCUGCCCUGCUUCUGGAACGUUCAGCUGUCUGACCACACACGCUCCGAACAGUGCUACACAGAGGUGUCUGACCUCAAGGUGAUCCACUGGAACUCUCCUAAGAAGCUCCGCGUGAAGAACAAGCAUGUGGAGUUCUUCAGGAACCUCUACCUAACCUUCCUGGAGUACGAUGGGAACCUACUGAGACGAGAGCUGUUUGGCUGCCCCAGCCGUGCCACCUCAGAGAGUGUACAGUUACAAGGAGCUCUGGAGGAGCUGGAUGAAGACGACCAGUGUUAUGACUUCCGGCGGGAGCGAAUCACAGUGCACCGCGUGCACCUCUACUUCCUGCAGUACGAGUACACGCCCACCGGGGACGACGCGGACGUCACYCUGGUCGCACAGCUCUCCAUGGACAGGUUACAGAUGCUGGAGGCCAUAUGUAAGCACUGGGAAGGCCCUAUCAGCCUGGCCUUGUACAUGUCAGACGCUGAGGCCCAACAGUUCCUGCGUUACGCCCAGGCCUCCGAGGUGCUGAAGAACCGUAAGAACGUGGGCUACCAUAUCGUUUACAAGGAGGGCCAGUUCUACCCCGUCAACCUGGUGAGAAAUGUGGCCCUGAGGAACGCCAAAACGCCCUAUGUGUUCCUGGCAGACGUGGACUUCCUGCCCAUGUACGGCCUCUAUGAUUACCUCAGAAAGUCAGUGGUCCAGUUAGACAUGGCCCACACUAAGAAYGCUCUGGUGGUACCGGCCUUUGAGACGCUGCGCUACCGCCUCUCCUUUCCCAAAUCCAAAGCUGAGCUGCUCUCCAUGCUGGACAUGGGGACCCUCUACACCUUCAGGUAUCACGUUUGGACCAAGGGCCAUGCUCCUACCAACUACGCCAAGUGGCGGACAGCCACCACGCCCUAUAAGGUGGAGUGGGAGGCAGACUUUGAGCCCUAUGUGGUGGUGAAGCGGGACUGCCCUGAGUAUGACCAGCGCUUUGUGGGCUUUGGCUGGAACAAGGUCUCCCAUAUCAUGGAGCUGGAUGCACAGGAGUACGACCUGAUGGUUCUGCCCAAUGCGUUCAUGAUCCACAUGCCACACGCACCCAGCUUCGACAUCUCCAAGUUUCGCUCCAGCCCGGGCUACCGCUACUGCCUGCAGACCCUGAAAGAAGAGUUCCACCAAGACCUGUCCCGGAAGUACGGCGCAGCUGCCCUCAAGUACCUCACUGCUCAGAGGAACAUCUAAACCAGGACUCCCAAGGGCCACUGGGCUCCAUAUCUAGGGCCCCAACGGCCCCACUGGCCCCCAUGCUGCUCCCUGGCAAGUCUGAAGGGGUUUGGGAAUAUUGGCAACUAUCUUGGAUAUCAAGAUGGAGCUUUAAAGUCUUGUAGAAAUUUCUGGAGAUGUGUUAAACUUUCUGGGGUGGUUUGGGCUGGGAUGACCCACCCAACUCUGCUAUAAUGGAUUAUGGCCCAAACUGGAAUAAAAACAAUGAACCAAACAGAACAGACAUGACAGUUGUCACACGAUGUUGGGCUCACUGGGAAGACGUUCCUCUGAGAGGGAUGAGUGGUUGACUGCUUUAAGUCUGGGAGUAAGUGACAAUUAUCAUGAUUUGUUCGGACAAUCGGGGCCUUUUCUGAGGAAAAUACAUUUCAAACCAAUACGUCCACAUGGGAUAUCUGGACCUGGACCUCAAGGACAGGACGUUUGAGAAACACAGAACUGAAAGAAAGGGAAGUUGCAUCUUCCCUGGUCUCUUCAAGGGGACGAAUCGGAAUCACGUUCGGAGUGACCAAUCGAACUGGAGAAACGUUUAAGCCUUAUAAUUUUCCAUUAUAUUUAAUAAGAUAUUUAAUGAUAUCAGUUUUUUUCUCAAUGUAAAUGAUUAGCAAUUAAUAACAAACAAAUAUGGCAAAUAUAGGUUUUGGUUAUGAUGUUGCAUAAUAAUUAUAUUAUUUUUUCCUUUCUCUAUUUUUGGGCCCCCUGAAAGGAAAGAGUAUGUCCUUGUUUGAAAGCUUCUGAAUGAUUGAGCGGGGAGAAUAGCCAGGCAUCAUGGUUAAGCUGGACAUUGUGUAUGUGUGUGCACUCACUGACUAAAUGAGCUGCUCACUAAGUCACCAUGCUAUGUCAUACUACAUUCUUACCACUCAAUGUCAUAUAAUUUUCUCUUUCCUCUACAUCAUACUAAUAACCUGCGUUUAUCAUCCUGCAUCUAAAGAAUARAUAUAUACAGUAUCAGUCAAAAGUUUGGCCACACCUACUCAUUCAAGGGUUUUUCUUUAUUUUGACUAUAUUCUACA